CUAGUGUUUCAGUCACGGCUGCAUGACUGGUUUGCGUGCAACAAAAAUGAUAAAAAGUUGAUAAGACGAACUUGUAGUAAUUCAACAAUUCACCUGAGUAUUCUACGUUCUGUUUUCUCAGUUUUAUUUCUCGCUUCGACAACAAUACCUCAUCGAGCUUGGAUGCGCCUUCAAGACAGACUGCACAGCGCACAUGUCUAGUGUUUUCAGUUUGUGGGUCUGCCAGAACUUACAAGUGAGUGCAUGCUUACGAGCCCGAUCUUUGGACUUCCUAAACGUAGUCUUAUCGCGAAACUUCCCUGAACUUUAUUUGGAAGCCCAUCACUGUAUUCUGCUUCAUCAUUUGGCUAUGCUUAAUUUAUGAUUCCGUCUAAUUAUCUCGGAUGACGACAGAGAUCGCGUGAUAAAGUCAGUGAUUUUGAGUUUUGACCAAUUCCGCAGGGUACGAUUUCGCUUGCCAUUCAUUAGCGAGCUGAUUUGCCAAUCUUGCCUGACCUUGUGCGAAAGUCCCAAGUGUCUUUAGUCGACUAAAAUUGAUCUGAUGACUGGCUGGUUUAAUGAAAAAUGCAUUCAGCGUAUUAUUCUGUGAAAAAAUGGUUCUAUCAGCCGAAGACGAGCGAUGACUCGCUCCUGUCCAAGUUUUAUGCUGCCGACCAAGAGCUGAACUCGGUGGCCAGUGAAUUGGAUAGUUUUGAUGGACGAAAGGAGCCGGAACGCUGUACAGCGUUGGUAGCGAAGCUGCGGAGUUAUCAGGAUAAAGUGCUGCAGUUGCUGGAGAGCGUCGUUUCCCAUGCUGUACCACCGCAUCUGCGCGCUCCCCGGGAUUAUCGCGUCAAAUUCCCUGAUGAUGUGGUUCACGAAAGUCUGUCUGGACAGUUAUGGUUUGGUGCUGAGUGCCUUUCCGCCGGCUCCAACAUCCUCAACCGGGAAAUCGAAAGCGCCGCCAUGCGGCCACUGGCGCGAGCGGUUACCCGACAACUGGAUGCCUUACGUGUGGCCCUGCGUGAACAAUGCUUACGUGAUCCGUGCAACUACACCGAGAGGAUUAUCGACAUGCUACGUGUCUUCGAUCAUAUGUUUGCGGAAUUUGAGCUUAGUUACGUCAGUGCGAUGGUUCCUGUGAAAAGUGCUAAAGAAUACGCCUUGCAUCAAGAUAUUAUCGUUCUCUUUUCGGAAACCGCUUUACGCGCCAUUCGCUUGAAAUUCAUCAGCGUGGAUAUGAUCGAGAGCUGUGAUCCGGCUCUCAUGUUUACCAUUCCACGUCUGGCUAUUGUUGCCGGUCUUUUGAUUUACCCAGAUGGUCCGCUAAAAAUCGAUCAAGAACCUCUUCAAGUGCCUGAAAUGUUUCGACAUUUUUUGCGGUUACUCUCGAGAAUCAAGGAGCUUUUGGUUACCCUAAACCGUACCGAACUCUACACGCUGGAGAAGUGCCUUUGCCGCGCGGAAGAGCCAUCGACGAUAAUGAAAGAAUCUCCAGAGGAUGAAUGUGAUAUUCAGGACUAUGAUAUUCCUGUGAUGCAUGAUUAUGUAGAGAAAUUAUGCCGCUCCUUGCCAUCUUUAGCCAAGGGUUCAUCUGUGCCGACUUUCACAUUGCCCGAUACCGCGCGCACUUCGCGACUUGAAGAACCAAGCGCCAAUCUGAAUGACGAGGAGUUGGCACUCAUGUUGCAACAGAUGGAAAUGGCAGCGCAUUACGAAAUGCGUACAAAAUUCCGUAGCAGUGCGGAUCUGAUUCAGCGACUCUAUGUUUGCAUAUCGGGUGUGGCGGACCAGUUGCACCAGAAUUACGCAAGUGAUUUACGUUCCAUAUUGAAAUGUGUAUUCGAUAUGCACUCUGGAGAUGUACCGGAACCUCCACCGGCAAAAGAACAGCCGGCAAGCUCAUCUGAUCAUUCAGCCUCGCAUUACCGACAGAAUUUACUGGUCUCCAACGCGGAUGCUAGUCGACCAGGAAAUGCAAAAGAACCUCCAUCGUGGGUGCCUGACAGGGAAUCGGCCACUUGUACAGCCUGUGAUUCGCCUUUUACGUUGGUCCGUCGCCGGCAUCACUGCCGCAACUGCGGCAAGAUAUUUUGUAAUCAGUGCAGCUCAAAUACCGUCCCACUUCCUCAUUACGGAAUUAAUAGUCCAGUCCGUGUUUGCAACCAUUGCAUGUUGUUCUGCCUGACGCCGUAUCCCGGGGAUCGGGAAGUUGGUCACACAUCGCCGGCAUCAACGUCAGCUGUCGCCGCCCCUACCGGGGGUGGUAAUGUCGGGAUAGUCGUUGGCGGCGCUGAUAAUUCUCCUGCCUCUACCGGAUGAAUAAUAACAAUCCGAUACAUGUUUGAUCCGUUCGUUUUGUUCUGAUGCAGGUUUUAAUUUUUUACUUUUCCUUUAACAAUUCUUCAUUUUGCACAUUUGAUUUUUCGGAUUAAAAGCAAUAUUUCUGUCGGUAUUAUUUUAGCAGGGACUGGUGUGACAUUCCGAAUGUGAAUAAAGUUCGUAUAUCCUG